GUUGACUUUUCCUACAUAUUUAAAGAGCUCUCUCUCCACGCUUCUGCGAAAUUUCUGGUCAUUCUAAAUCCGCGGAAUCUGAUUUCUUUUACCGGAGCUUCUCCCUCGCCGGCAAAGCCCUAUAACUGAUUUAAGUUCUUUCAGAUUUUUAUUAUUUGUCGGAACUGUUUCGAAUCGUGGGAAGCUCUCGGUAUCAAUGGGGACUCCGGAAUUUCCAGAUCUGGGAAAACACUGCUCCGUUGAUAUUUGCAAGCAGAUCGAUUUCUUGCCCUUCACCUGCGACCGUUGCCUCCAGGUAUUUUGUUUGGAUCAUCGAAGCUAUAUGAAACAUAGUUGUCCAAAGGGCGACAGGGAAGAUGUAACCGUGGUUAUCUGCCCGCUCUGUGCUAAAGGAGUCCGGUUAAACCCAAACGAAGACCCAAAUAUAACAUGGGAGAAACAUGUCAACACUGACUGUGACCCAUCAAACUACGAAAAAGCCACAAAGAAGAAGAAAUGUCCUGUUCCAAGAUGCAAGGAGCAACUAACAUUCUCCAACACCAUCAAGUGCCGGGAUUGCAAUAUGGAUCACUGUUUAAAACACCGUUUUGGACCUGAUCACGCUUGCCCUGGACCCAGAAAACCUGAAUCAAGUUUCCCAUUCAUGGGUUUCUUGAGUGGUAGUAGCAGAAAAGAAACCAAAACAACAAGACCCCACAAAGCUCCUGCAUCAACUUCAUCUUCUUCUUCUUCUUCAAGGUGGUCCAAUCUUCUAUCUUCAGCAGAAGCAGGAAUUAGCAGACUCGGUAACGACAUUAGCCACAAGCUUCAUAUUUCUAGCAGCAGCAGUGAUGGUAUCGUGGAGGUGUGUCCACAAUGUGGUGCUAAAUUCUCUUCGGUUGCCAUUCUUGUGGAACAUGUAGAGAAAACACAUGAGAGGAACAAGAAGCAGAAUCAUCGCAAAGUCGAUGUUUGCGUUUGCCCUAAAUGUAGCAGAGGAUUCCGCGAUCCAGUGGAUCUUGUGAACCAUAUUGAAAGAGAUCACGAAGGUACUUCUAGAGCCUAGUGUGUUCACUCACAUUUUUUUAUGAAAUACUCAACAUCUUUGUAUUUUCUUCUCGUACUGGUUUGAAACAAAACAGCCAAAGAAAAAGGCGCAUUCUUUGAACUUUAUCCUUGGGUGGUUUAGUUGUUUUCAUGAGCAUUGGCCCUUAUUUAUAGCAAAGUAGAAUUGUAAAACUGGGGAGUAAGGGAAAUAGUUGAGCACAAUAUCCCUCUUCAGAGUUUUGUGAUUAAAACAGGAUUAUCAAAUUUGUUUUU